GUUCAAUGUUUACAAAACAACCCUGGUCUUCUCAAUUGACGCGAGCCUAUGGAGAGAUCAAUUUAUUAGUUCGACGUUAUAUGCAACCAUCCCAACGCGCCUACAUUUCACCUGUUCAUAGAGUUCCUAGAUGUGGAAAUAUUGUAAUUCUUUUAUUUACCUUAGGUACCUAAGGUAACUAACUACCGGCUACAACGUCCACGAUAGCUCUGGUAACGCGCAAACACCAUAAUCCCCUUAACUCGGUAGUAUAAAAAACCCCAGACUAUGGGAUAUUCUUUUCGAUAAAAUUCAAUAAAAACCCAUAUCUGUCUUUAUCGCCAACAUGUCUAGUCGCAACGACGCAACUAUCCCGUCUACGCGACGGACGCGAAAGUCGACCGGAUUAUCUCCCGGGAGGAAGAAGGCGGAGAAAGAAAAUAUCACUGUGGAUGUGGCUAGCACUUUAGCUGGUAAUGGAGGUCGAAAGAAGUCACGAAGCAAGAGUAUAGGUCCUGGUGGAUUAGAUGCUCUCAAGCCAGGGUCGGGUAAUAGACGAGUGUCUUUAGCAGCUCCCGCCAGACCACCACCAAGGUCAAUUCUCAAGCCCACAAUGCCGUUGCUACCGGAGAUUCCUUCGUACAAAUCGAAGAAGCCUGCUAGAAACUCGCCUGCCGCAUCUACCGUACAAGGAGUAGCUGACAAGUUACCGAGCCCCUUUCACAUUGACGAUGCUGGGUCAUCGGGAACUAAGAUUGCUGUGCGCACCGAAGAAGAACAGCAGGCCGCUGCGCGCGAAAGAGAAGAACGAGAAAGAGCUGAGAUGGAGAAAGAGAUCAAUGACCGCCGAGAAGCUCGAAGGAAAUCUCUUGCGAACCGAAGAGUAUCCUUUGCAGCUGAAGCCACCCUUCACACAUUUCACGAGGUCGAGUAUAUGCAGGACUCCACAACCUCGACUGACUCUACACGAAGAGCAUCUUCGCUCGCUGCUUCCAAAGACCAAACAUCUGGCCUUGCCGGCCAAGCUGAUGACUUGGUUCCUAGUUCUCCAGAGCAAGAUUCGCAUGAUCAAAGAAGACGUAGAAGUUCAGGCGUUAGCAACCUAAGUUUCAAUCAGAAUGAUGACACGAUGGCCUCAAGCAUCUAUAGUUCAGACUCCGAGGGAGCGGACGUUAUAGAAACUCACGAAGAGAUAGGUUCGGAUUCCGGCAGCGACUCCGAUGCCGAUGGUGUAUCAAUGGAUUUGGACGUCGAUGAAGUGACCGGUACCUCCGUCGCAUCUGCUAUGUCUGCUCGAUCGGCUGUUACCAAUGGCUCAGAUGACACAUUGAAUACGGCUCUUCGACUCGCCUCUCGUCGCGCUGAAACUCUGAACAUCGACGAAGAGGAAGAGAUCAUCCCAUCGUUUGGAUGGGCUAAAAAGCCUGCUCCGAAACAAGCGGGCCCCCAGGAAAACCAGGAGAGCCUUGGACAGGAAGAUACUGGUGGUAUGGACAUGGACAUGGACAUGGAUAUGGAUAUGACAAAGGCUGUGGGUGGUAUCAUUAGAGCAAACAACGAUCCUUUGGAGGAUGCGCAAGAAGAAGAGAUGUCAAUGGACGUCACUCGAGCGCUCGGUGGUAUUCUUCCUUCGCGCAACACGGCGCAAAAUAUUCAACCAGCUAGUCCAGAAAAAGUCGGAGAGGAAUCGUUGAUCGAUGAUGCCCCUAUGGAUCUUACUGUUGCAGUUGGUGGUAUUCGAAAAGACCCACCACGUAAUACUAACCUCUUCGGCGCUGAUGACGACGAUAACGAUGAAGACGAGGAUAUGUCAAUGGAGUUCACUGCCGCUGUAGGCGGUGUCCUUUCUGGGAGAGGGCCUGAUGCCUCCUCAAAGAAAGCACAGGGCCGGCGUCGUACUCUUGCAGUCAACGACGACGACGAUGAUGACGAAGCCGCAAUGGAUAUGACGGCAAUGGACAUGACAGUUGGAAUGGGCCGUAUUCUGUCUUCCAACGAAGAAGAAGAGAAUAUCGAAGAUGAUACAAUGGGCAUGGAUAUGACUAUGGCGAUGGGCGGAAUCAUUAAGGGACCGCCUUCAGCCAAGGAUCGGACCGAAGCGAGACUCCAAAUGGAACGGGAAGUUGAUGAAAAUGACAAUGUACCAGCAUUGAACUCAUCUGCAAAGCAGCGCCUGUCCGCAGCUAUUUCUGGUAUAAACACGUCAGAGUCAGGAAGCCCCGGAUUAUCUGCGUUUAGGGGCCAAGGAAUACGUCGCACUGGUGAAUGGCGACGGUCUGUCACACCGGGCAGUUCUCCCGUUCGAGAAAUAACAACUCCUAAAUCUGCCAAGCCAACCAACGCAAGUACUCCUAAUAGCCAGAAACCUAGAACCCCUUUAAGAACUUCGCCCCGGAGGAAGUCAAAAUCACCUGCUCCAAACAGUCAAAAUGGUCCAGAUGUAUCUUCUACGCCCAAAUCUGCGACCAAGAAGAACCUGCUGUCUGUAUUCCAACAAGAUCCUGCUACGGGACUGUCGACACCACGGAUUAUCUUAACUCCUCAGAAGAGGCGAUUAUCAGGUGUAGGCGCUGAUAGGCCUGGUCUCGGAUCCCCCAAGGUUGCCGCUAUCCUUGAUCGGCGUGAGUCCAUUGGGGAUGCAGCAGACAGCUUCGUGCCCAAAGAGCCCUCACGGUCUGUUGCAUUCGCAGACCCUCGUGUUAUGGAGUAUGAAGUAGAUCGUGAUCGCCACCUAGAAGCGGACAAGGAAAACGGCCGUAAGGUACUGGAGAGAGGAGUUGACGGAGACGAGGAGAAUACGGCAAGUCUAAAAGAUAUGAUUUCCAGUAUGACUCCUAAGAAAAACCCGUUGAAGGGACGGAAGAGUUUGCAUGUAGGCAGUGCUAAAGGGCUUCUCGGCAAACGUCCUUCUGAGCUUGACGAUGAAGAGGAUGCUGAGGAAAGAGAUGGGGUCAAGCGACUCAAGAACCAUCAGAGCAGUCCUGUCAAGAACAUCCACCUACAUGCGCCCCCCUCAAAAGCAGAAACGACAGGGCGGGUAACUCGCUCUUCUAGUAGAGGUCUGGAAGACGCCAGUGACAUCAAGACCGCCUCAACCCCGGCGCUUUCGCCUAAGAAAACACCUACGGCCGUGUCAUCCCCUCAUGGCAAAGGACGCUUCAAGGAAGUCGACCCUAGCUACCCCAUUACUACUCUCAAUUUUGACGAGUCUCACGUCAUGACAGAUGCCGAAGCUCAAGCGGAUGACAAUGGAGAGCAAAUCCACCUGCAAGACUUUUUAAAUAUGACGAAUAUUCGCUUUAUGGAGUUGACAACAACAAAACGACGGCACACACAAGCUCCUACUAGUGUAACAGAUAACUCUAUGUCUGGGGAGGAGGAUAUGUCCCUAGAGCGAUGCGUUGUAGCAGGUGCUUGCACAGUUCCUAUGCUGGAACUGUAUCAACAUUCCUGUCGAGAACUAAAGAAAUACAUUUCAGAAGGUAGGAGAAUAGUCCGUGAGAUCGAAACGGAAACUCUGGAAGAGAACCCGCCACUUUUCAAGGAAUACAUGACUGCAACACCCGAGUACAAGCUUUUCUUGGACAACCAGUUCAAAAACGUCAAGUCGCAUGCACGGCUGCUAAGCAAAGCUAUGUGGUAUGAAUGGCGCAUGAAGCUUCAAGAUGGACUCAAGGAAGGCCUACUCAAAAUAGAGGAAGGCAUGGCAGCCGAUGAGCGGCUAUUACACCAGGAGCAGGAAUUGCUCGAUUCGAUUCUGCCCAAGCUGGUGGACCGAUUUGCAUCCUUAGAGUUAGAACAUGAUAACCUGCAAUCUGCUGCACAAGAGUUAGCAGAAUGCGACCCCGAAGAUUUACAAGCUGCUCGGUCUGAGCUGACAGACCUCGACUCGGAUAUCGAAGCGAAAACGAAGAAAAUCGAGCAGUUACGGCAGCAACUAAGCGAGACUGAAGCUGGGAUCGAUGAGCUAUCACAAAAGAAGAAAGAAUGCGUUGCUGAAAUAGAAGAGGCAGAGAAAAUUCGGGAGCAAUGCAGGGGUUGGACCUCUAAUGAAGUCAGCGCCCUCAAAGCCCGUGUCGAAGCAAUUGAGAAGCAGCAUGGCUGGGCCAUUACAGGAGUUGUCGGAAGCUCACUGUCGAUGACAUACCGAAGAGAGAUUGAACUCGUCUUUGACGUUGGCGCUUUCAAGGGGUUGAAACCUGAUAAUUCCACAAUAGAUCUGAGGUAUAUCGCGGCCAAUCGGGAGCAGAACCCACAGCCGUGCACGCCGGAAAAGGAAUUCUUUAUCCAGUGCAUACGGGACCACGCCCGAGGGUUGGUCCAAUCGCAGACCAAGAUCAAGAAUCUCUUGGAUAUGGUUAGUACGGCCUGGCAGAAGGCCAAUCACGUUGCGAGAAACGUACACCUCUUGAACACCACAUACCGAACCAAAGUCACCAAAAAUUCAGACUCGUCUAUCUCAAUUCGUUCGUGCGUGCUGCUCGUCCCGUUACAAACUAAGGUAGAGGUCGUACUCGACUUACACGGCAAGAGCACUCCGGAUGGAGUAGAGGUUACCAUGGCGCCUCAGGCGCGAGUAGUUUAUGGAGAGCAAUUUAAGGAAGAUAAGAUCGUCGAGUUCCUCACGACAAAGAUGGGCACGCGCAUCGUCGCCAAGGAGGAGAGCGGGACGUUCGAGUCUUGGGUCGAGGUGCUCGUCGAACUCCAGGAAAGACUACUUGCGAGGGGACGAAAGUGAAGGUACCUAAGCCUAGAUGGGGUAACCGUGUGUGCUGUUUUAUCCUGUAUUCCUAGCUUCUGCCUUACCUUGCGAUAACGACUUAUGACCACAAACAAUUGGGCUGCGUAUUUGGAGUGAGGCAUGGUUGGGUAGUCUUGACGAGGACAUUACGAAUAAGGGGGGCGGGGGCAGGAGGGCGUUUUUGGUGGUGUAUUGUUAAAUUAGGUUAUAUACCACUUUCUACCUGUUUUAUUCAUUUCUUGUUCUACUUUGAGUUUUAUUAUUAUUUUUCUCAUUCCUGAAAUGCCAAUCCAAAGGUUGAGUUGAGUUCGACUUAUCUAUCGGCUUACCUUUCAUCAGGGGCGUUGAUACGGUGGGUCAU